GCUCCGAUGGCGGUCAAAAAGAUCCAUAACUAGAUGGGGUCAGAAGAUUAAAAAUCAAUCGAUAUAAAGAGAGGUAAGUACGAAGGUAAGCAUUCCCCUUUCUUUGCCACGCUUUUCCGAGUCGAUCACCAAACUCAAGCUUUCCUUGGCGAAUUCUUCAUCAUGACGAAGUCGCUUGAUGAGGCCUCAGUUGUUCAAGAUAUCACCUCGAAACACUCAAUUGAGAAGAAAAAUGAAGAGGUUCUCCAGGGAGCAUCUGGAGAUCUGGAUGCGGUGUACGGGGUUGGUGGUGUGGGACGAACGGCUAGAAGGUUGAAGGCUAGGCAUGUUACUUUUAUUGGUUUUGGAGGGGGGAUUGGGACGGGUUUGUUUAUUGGAACUGGCGCUGCUUUGGCGAAAGCUGGACCUUUGGGGUUGUUAUUGUGAGUUACAGGUCUUGAAAUUCGACAUUCUUGCAUUGUCACUGAUGAUGACAGGGCUUUUCUGAUCGUUGGUGGUAUCCUGUGGUGUGUGAUGGAGUCUGUUGGGGAACUUGCAACUUUGUUCCCCACCGCUGGAUCGUUCCCCCACUUUGCUACGCGUUUCGUCGAUCCAGCUCUGGGUUUUACUUUGGCUAUAUCGUAUGGCUAUUGUUACACGAUUGCAAUUGCUUCGGAGGUCUCUGCAGCAGCGAUCAUAGUUGUGAGUAUUGCAAGUCGAAAGUAAGGGGUCUUUUCGCUAAUCACGCGUCUAGUCGUAUUGGACGGACAUCACCCCCGCUCUUGUGAUAUCACUUGGUCUGGCAGCAAUUUUCUGCAUCAAUGUUAUGAAUGUCAGAUUCUAUGGUGAGGCAGAAGUUAUUACGGCUUCUAUCAAAGUUAUCUGCUUUUUGGGUCUAAUAUUUGUUUCCCUGGUCAUCACUCUGGGAGGAGCACCGAGUAAGGAUCGAAUUGGAUUCAGAUAUUGGAAGAAUCCAGGUCCUUUUACUGACUACAAUGGCAUCACUGGAUCGACUGGUCAUUUUUUGGCAUUUCUUAGUGCUUUCAUCAACGCAUCUUUCUCCUUCAUAGGAGUGGAAACAGUUGUUGUAACGGCAGCAGAAACCGUGAAUCCACACAAAUCUAUCCCAAAAGCCAUCCAUCGAGUCACCUAUCGGAUUAUGUUUUUUUACAUUCUCGGAGCUCUACUCAUUGGGAUGAUUAUCCCCUCCAACGCUCCAGGACUCGUUAGUGGCUCAGGAAACGCAAACUCUUCCCCUUUCGUCAUCGCUAUCAAGAAUAGCGGUAUCAAGGUUCUUCCCUCGAUCGUCAACGCCUGUAUUCUCACUUCAGCCUGGUCAGCCGGAAACAGCUAUUGUUAUGUUGGUGCCAGAAUGAUCGUUGCAAUGGCUGUGGACCGCCAAGCACCACAAUUCUUCGCCAAAGUAAACCGAUAUGGCGUUCCUUACUACGCAGUAAUCACAUCUUUUGCUUUCGGUCCGUUGGCUUAUCUCUCACUCGGAAAAGGAGGACCAGCACAAACUUUCAGAUGGCUUCUUACAUUAAGCACCGUAGCUGGUCUUCUGGCAUGGAUGACACUUUGCGUCUGCUGGAUUCGCUUCAACUCCGCCCUUCGAGCUCAGGGACUUUCCAGGGAUUCUCUUCCGAUGAAAGGGAGGUUUCAACCAUAUGCAGCUUGGUUGGGGGCUAUUGGUUCCGGAUUUAUCGUUCUCAUUUCUGGGUUUAGUGUAUUCCUCAAGGGAAAGUGGUCGGCGGCGGAUUUCAUCGCUAGUUAUAUUGGGAUCGUGAUUUACAUUGUUCCGUUUUUGGCGUGGAAGUUGCUCAAGGGGACGAAGUUUGCGAGAAGUGCGACGACGGAUUUGUUUUCAGGGAGAUUUGAUCCUGAGAGUGUUCCCGAGGAGCCGGAACCCACGGGUUGGUGGGGUAAAUUUGUGGAUUGGUUGUUGUAA